AUGGCUGCACUGACGUUAUCAGGUCUAAUUGGUUCAAAUCUUAAAAAUAUAGCCAUCUUUCUAGUUAUAAAGACGCCUACAGAUGACCUGCUCACGGGUGCCGAUACUAUCGAGCAAGUAGGAUAUAUUUGUCAAGAGGUUUCAAAUACUUUAAAAAAUGGAUGCUUCGAGCUUAGAAAAUGGCAUUCCAAUGAACCUGCUGUUCUCAAAAAUAUAAGUGAUCAUAAUAUAUCAUCCGAAGUUCUAGAAUUUGCCCGAAAUGAGAAAACUAAAACUUUAGGGUUAAACUGGUCUUCUCGGGACGACGUUUUAAUUUACAAUAUAGACGAUUUUUCUACCGUUAAAAAAUGUACGAAAUGGGCGGUUCUAUCUUUAAUAGCCAGAAUAUUCGAUCCGUUGGGUAUUCUCAGUCCCUGCAUUGUUGUAGCCAAAAUGUUCAUGCAGCGUCUUUGGUCUGAAAGGUUGUCUUGGGACGAUUUAUUGCCAAGCAAUUUAGCCGAUCAGUGGAAUCGGUUUCGAGAGGAAUUACCAAAUUUAAGCAUGUUAAAAAUUCCACGCCAAGUUUUAGGCAAAUGCAUCCAAUUACAUGGUUUUUCAUCAAGCAUCCAAUUACAUGGUUUUUCAGACUCAUCGACUCGAGCUUACGGAGCAUGUAUACGUACGACAUAUCCCGACGGAAAGGUGAAGGUAAGGCUUCUUUGCGCUAAGUCCAAGGUCGCUCCCGUAAAAACCCUUACAAUUCCAAAGCUUGAGUUGUGUGCCGCUUUAUUGCUGGCUCGUUUAGCAGACAAGGUAAUACAAUCUAUGAACAUAAAAUUCGAUGAUUGCGUGUUUUGGUCGGACUCCACUAUUGUAUUAGCUUUGAUUAAAAUGGCUCCCAACUUAUUAAAAUGUUUUAUCGCUAACAGAGUAGUAGAGAUACAAUCCCUUACUAAGGAUAGGGAAUGGCGUUAUGUCCAGUCACUAGAUAAUCCGGCAUAUUAUGUAUCGAGAGGGCUACUUCCUAAGCAAAUUCUAGAUGCUGAUAAGUGGUGGUAUGGUCCCUCGUGGCUUAAACUAAGUUCAUCCGAAUGGCCAUCUGUCGAGUAUAAAGUAAGUCAACUACCGGAAUUAAAAUCUCAGAAGAUUUCUUCGCUUCCAGUCAAUAUUAUUAACGAGUUUCCUUUCGAGAAAUUUUCAAAAUUGUCUAACCUUCAAAGAAUUGUUGCCUACAUCCUAAGGUUUAAAAAUAAUUGUCUUUGCUCCAGUAUUGACCACAAGGUAGGUCCCCUUACGGUUCCAGAGUUACAGUUUUCAUUAAAGUGUCUUACUAGAGCUGCACAAAGGCAAUCGUUUCCAGACGAAUUUUUGAAGUUAUCAAAGAAGCAAGUUCUCAGUCCAAAAAAUAAAUUAAGCAAUCUUACUCCCUUUCUAGACCAUAAUGGCCUAAUUCGCGUAGGCGGUAGAUUGAAGCAUUCAGAUUUUUCAGUUGAUAAAAAACAUCCAUUGGUUUUGCAUUCAGAUCAUCAAUUUACUAAAUUGCUUUUCGAGUAUGAGCAUUGUCGUUUGCUUCAUGCGGGUCCUCAAUUAUUAUUAGGUUCUAUACGAGAAACAUUUUGGCCUAUACGCGGACGCAAUCUAGCCAGAGCAACGGUACGAAAAUGUUUAAGAUGCUUUAGAUUUAAUCCCGAACUUGUCAAGUCAAUCAUGGGCAAUUUGCCUCGCGAUCGAGUUACACCUUCUAGUCCAUUCCAUGUGACAGGAAUCGACUAUGCAGGGCCGUUUUUAAUAAAAAGGGGACGGGGAUGUAAGGUAGAAAAGUGCUAUGUUGGGCUAUUCGUCUGCUUUUCUACCAAAGCCCUCCACCUUGAACUCAUUUCCAGUUUAGCAACUAGUUCGUUCAUUCAAGCAUUACGUCGUUUUGCUUCCAGGCGUGGCAAACCAAUAAAAAUCGUAUCCGACAAUGGUACCACGUUCGUCGGAGCUUAUCGAGAACUAGGUAAUUUUUUAAAAUCAAAUCGAAAUAAUUUAGUAAACGCAAGCGCACUUGGGCAAAUCAAUUGGUCUUUCAUACCACCGUAUUCACCUCACUUUGGCGGCCUGUGGGAAGCCGGUGUGAAGAGUGUCAAGCAUCACUUAAAGCGGGUUCUGGGGAAUACGCAGUUAACUUUUGAGGAGUUUUUAACAAUUUUGUGCCAGAUUGAAGGCAUACUAAAUUCUAGACCUCUUUGCCCUUUAACAUCCGAUCCAAACGAUUUCCUUCCUCUCACUCCGACCCACUUCUUGAUAGGCAGACCACUAGUAGCUGUGCCAGAUGAUAAUGUAGAAGACAUAAAGACAAAUCGAUUAACCAGAUUUCAAUUGAUUCAACAACUUUCUCAACAAUUUUGGAGACGUUGGGAACGAGACUUUAUAUCAGAAAUGCAGCAAAAACACAAAUGGGAAGAAUUAUCAAGCUCCAUCCCGGAACAGACGGCAUUAGCCGUGUUGCUUCAAUACAAACAGGAGGUGGUGUCAUCCAGCGAAGUUUCUCCAGAAUUUGUCCUCUUCCAAUGUCCGAUUGAAAGUGUGAGCUCUUUCAAGGCCGAGGGCAUGUUCAGGCCACAUACUUUAAAUACAUUCUUUUUAACAACAACAUCGCCGUAA